UAUCUGCCCUGCUUAGUAAUGAUUGAAGGAAGAAUUUCUGAGUAGCCUAAAUGUCUAAAUUAACUGUGUGUGUGUGUGUGUGUGUGUGUGUGUGUGUGCGUGUAUGUCCGUGUAUCUAAAAAUAAACCGAUCAAUGAAAAACGCAUAGCAACACGUGACUUCAAAGGCUUUCCAAGCCAAUCAGUAGCAGUGGCGGGAAUCUUAUCUUACUGUAAAUCAAAACAUUUCAUGGAACAGCUUCAUUUGGAAGAAAGACAGAGAAGACAACACAUGAGAAAGGUGGGUGUAAUUUUCUCUUGUUAAAUUAGGUAGGAUAAUAAUUCAUAACUUGUACAUAUAAUUUCUUCAAUAUUAAGGGUUGGCCUAAUAUGUAUAUACUUUUUGGUGUCAUUAAUCCUUUUCAGGAAAAUAGCUCAUAAAAUAUCAAAGUUUGUCUUUGUGUAGCCUAGCUUAUGUCUAGCUGUCUGACUGUCUGUCAUCUUAUGUUAAUAAAAUGUACUUAUUAUACAGACUAUUUUGAUCUAAAUUGAUAGUUAAUAUUAACAUGUAGGCUAUUAACAUUACUUUAAGUUAUUCUAGACUAUGUCUUACACUAACUGUUUGUCUUCUUAGGUUAAGGGAAUAAUUUAUUAAUAGCUUACUGGUAUUUAUUAUACAGACUAUUUUCUUCAAAAUUAAGAGCUAAUAUUACAUGUAGUCUGUUAGCCUUGUUUGGUGCCCUUCAUGAAAAUAGCUAGGGCAUUAGUCCAGCACUGUAUCCUUUAUUCUAAAAUAAAACUUCAUAACUAUACAAAAAAAAUCAACUAGACUGGAGGGGAAAUUUGUUGUUUAUAGGCUGUUAAUGUUUAAUGUCUGCGGAGAAUUUGGCAGCAUUAAUUAAAAUAAAUAUUGGAAAUUAAGGCAGUGGGGUUUUCUGUGCGUGUGUGUGUGUGUAUUUUUUCCAGCAUUUUCUUCUUAAGCCUAACUAUUUACCCUUUUGUGUUUAUUCUAGAAUGGCACUUCAAAAAGUUUUAUCGGAACGCCCACAGACACCUUAUUCCCGGCCUCCUCCACUCCACGUCACUGUGGUGGCGAUGAGGGAUGAGAGGCGGGUGGUGUCCUGGAGUUUUGAUGAUGCGAGUGGGGAGGCCAAGGCUGCGCUAACCAAGGAAAACAGGCUGGUCAUCCUCACGGUUGCAGCCUAAGUAAAGUGACCCUAUUUGAGGCAUUCGCCGGAAGGGUCAGCCAAGGCGGGGCAUAUAUAAUGCGUGGGUACUCCCUGCACGGCGAGGGCCCACCCUUCGCUAUAAACGUCACGAAGGAAACACAGUUCUUCAGAUCUGCCCCGGUGGAGGUGAGCGGGGAGCUGCGUGCCAGCGCAGAAAAACUUCUGUGCCCCUCAUCAACACCAACUGCCACAAAAGACAUGAAGAGUCAGGAGGGGUUCCUGACCUUACAGGGAGAGGUGGUGGAGAUCUCUGCAGUGAAAAAAAUUAAAGUUGGAAAGGACAUGGUGCCCAUGAAGACAGUGGUGCUGGAGCAGGACAAAGCACAGGUGUCCAUCAGCCUGUGGAGGGAGGCAGCCCUGUUCUCCUUUGCAAUAGGGGACGAGGCCAGGCUGACCCACCUGAAGGGACACCAGUCCUCUUAUGGGUACCGUGUCCACUCAACACAUUUCACAGUUUGUGAGGAGACCGACAGCGUGCUGGUUGUCAGUGCCCUGGGGACCAUCGAGGUGGAGGGUAAAGAGGGGGUGCUGAAAUUACUGGUUGAGAGGGAACAGGUCUACGACAUUGAGGAGGAGCUUUGGACCCCUCUUCAGGGGAAAAUGGUCAAGCUGCCAUUUUAUGUAAAAAUAACAGUGAAGGGGAAAAGGGUCACUAAGGCUGAGUUGGUGAAGGGGAACUUUUUAAAAGUCUUUGCUCAGUUUGUCUGAUUGUUUCAAUUUCUGCUCAGUUUCUAUAUUAUAUCUGCUUCAUUUUUAUGUUUCAUGUUCGAUUAAGCAGUCGUUAAGUAACUGCUGAUGAAGACUCAACAUUUCCUCAUGUGGCUGCUUCAUAAUUAAAGCUUUUACACACACACACACACACACACACACACGCACACACACACAUUGUGUUUGGCGCCGGAAUCUCUGACUUUCCCUGAACGCCUCAAUGAUAUCUACGCAGCUCCGCACUCAGCAGCAGGGCGUCGUCAUUGUGUUCUAGAACCUUCUGAGAACAUUGAUACUGCUGUGCGCUUUUGAUUGUGUUGGUUACCUCCGUGGGUCCGCUGGCCUCCAGCUCCUCUCCCUCUCAAUCUAUCCAUUUGAGAUCAUUCACCUCUCUCCUAUCACUCUACCCACUCAUCCCUUAAUAUAAGACGUUCUAUCUCUCCUGUCAAAUCUAAUACAUCUAUCUAAUUUUGAGGUUUUCUAUCUCUACUGUCAUAUCUAAUAUAUCUAUCUAUCUAUCAUUCUAUCCCUCUAAUUCUAUCCCGCUCUAUCUCCUUGCAUUCUUGCAAGAAACCGAUAUUUUGGAACGAUAUACUUGAACCUUGUCUUUUGGAACCUGAUAUUACAGAUUACUGGUAUCUGUUUUGGAUUCAUGGGUUGAUUGGAAUCUGAUCAUUCUGUUUUAUGGAUCUGUGAGUUUCUCUGCUCACACUUUUUCUACCUCUCCUGUCUUUCUCUCACACACACAUUGGAUUUGGCCUUUUCAAUUGGCAAAAACCUUAUUAUUGUAUUUUUGAAUUGUCCAUAUUGUAUCAAUAUUGUAUUUGGUAACAGUCAUAAUUUAAUAAAUGAUUAAGUAUUUUUGUUCAUUAAAUUUAAAAUAAUUGAAAAGACAGAAAAAACAUAAAUAACACACAUUUUGUUUAGCUUUUUAUCACAAACAUUGGACUGUAAAAAGUAAUUAAAAAUUAAAUUGGUACAUUUCCAAAUAUAUAAGUUGCUGUUAUAAAGUGUAUCAUUGAAGAAAACUGUCUAUUGUUAAUGUACAUAACAAUAAAUUGAAGUCCAAAUCUAUAUUUAUAAAAGAAAAGAGCUGUAGUUUUCCUGGACCGUGUUGCUGUGGAGCUCUGUACCAAAAGGUUUGUUUUGACUGCAAAUAUAUUCACACCAGAGUACACAUAAUCAAUUUUUGUUUGUACAAGUGUAAAAGUAAUUACACUACAUACAUUGAGUUAUUUGUCUCUCAUUCACAUAUUUGUACCUCGUCUAUAGAUCCACCCACAUUGUUGGCAUCAACACCUUUUGUACAUGCUUUAUUGUUGGUUAAACCUUUACAAAGUGAAAUAA